UCUGUUCUUCGAUUUCGCGCUCAAAAAGGGAAACGGAUCGUUGUUCUUCUUGAAUUCAUAAUCCCAUUCACCUGGGAACUAGUUUUCUGCUAUGUUCUUCGAUUCUUCACACUCAAAAACCCUAAUUUGUUGAAGUUUUUGUACUAAUUUAUCAUACAGAAAAACCCUAAUUUUGCAGAAACAAUUCCAUAUGGAUGCGAAGGACAUAUUAGGAUUGCCUAAAAAUGGACCUUUAAUGUCCCAAGAGAAGAAAUCGAGGCCUCAGAAAGAGUCUCAAAGGAAACCUGAUGGCAUUUCGCGAGAAGUUUAUGCACUUACAGGUGGAAUUGCACCUCUUAUGCCUUCUAUUGAUAUAAAUCAGCUGAAAAGGCGAGCUCUUUCGGAGUCCGAAAAGAUUACGUGGCAAUGGCUUCCAUUCACAAGUUCUGCUAGAAAAGAUAACUUACAGCUUUAUCAUUGGGUCAGAGUUGUUAAUGGUGUUCCGCCUACAGGUGACUAUUCGUUUGCAAAGUAUAAUAAGUCGGUGGAUGUGAUCGAGUACACAGAUGAGGAGUAUGAGAAGUUCUUGUCCAAUCCUUCAUGGACGAAGGAAGAGACGGAUCAAUUAUUUGACCUGUGCAAGAGGUUUGAUCUCCGUUUCGUUAUCAUAGCUGAUAGGUUCCCUUCAAAUCGUACAGUUGAGGAACUGAAGGACCGUUAUUACAGUGUGUCUCGUGCUAUUACAAUUGCUAGGGCUCCAUCUCCUGCCGAUGUUGCUGGACAUCCCCUUGUUAAGGAGCCUUACAAUGCUUCACAAGAGGUUGAGCGAAAACGUGCACUGUCGAUGGUGCUCUCACAAACAAAGCAUCAGGAGCGUAGGGACGCAGAGGUUCUUGCUGCAGCAAAAAGAAUAUCCGAGUCACGAAAAGCUGCUAAGGCCGCUGAAGAAACAGAACUUCCCGAUGUGUCAGAUGCUGCUCCUGAAGGUGCUGAAAAGGCUGGUAUUGAUGUAAUAUCAACCUCUCCAAAUGCUCAAUUACCCUCUGGCAUUGCUGCACCUCCAGUGUCAGAGACUGCUUCCACUUUGGCUUCUCUUCGCAUGCUGCGCGUGUAUUUGAGAACAUAUGGACUGGAGCAAAUGGUCCAAGCUGCGAGCUCUUCAGCUGGACUCCGGACAAUCAAACGGGUUGAACAAACUUUACAAGACCUUGGGGUUAAUUUGAAGCCAAAGGUCCCAACAAAACUUGUCUGUGCGGAGCAUCUUGAACUGAGGAAAGAGAUACUAACCCUGUUAAAUCUUCAAAAGCAGGUACAAUACAAGGAGGCAGAAGGCUCAUCUUAUCGGGAAGGUUCAUAUUCUGAAACACCUGGUACACCUCCUAAGCGUGCGCAACGUGCUACGGACCAAGAUAGAACAUUCAUUCCCGAUUCUACAAUUUUUGGAGGGGAAAGAGCUGGUAAAAAGGACCAGAAACGCAAGGGGCCUGGACGAUUAUCAGAAGUUCCAUCUUCACCAGCACAGUCAAAACGGCCUCGCAAGUUAAAGACUUCAGAUGGAUGAAUUGGAGGGACUAAAGCUACAAGGAGCUGUAUAAGAAGCUGCUUCAAAUCAACUUCUUUGUCCUGUGUUCUGCGCCUUUUUGAAUUUGCUCCACCAUGAAAACAUGAUCCAGCCUUUCAAAACUUCAAAUGUGGCUGUCUCAUUUGAGUGGCACAAAAAUGUUAGAAUGCCACUCUAAUGCCUUUCUAUGGAGAUCAGGUCCUCCUUUGCAUCAGAGUACAGUCCCCGCAGUCUGUAUAUACAUCUGUAUCUUAUAGUUGUGAUUAGCAUGUUAACCUCACCUUGCUACCGCGUCUCUUUGGCAUGUCACUAAAUUAUUGAGCCGUAUUGGCUGUACUGUAUUAACACAUCAAAGUAGUUGUGCUUUAGUCGCAUUUAGAUUGCUUACCAGGAAGGACUGAUAUGAGUUAACACUGGCACUGCAUAGAAGCUGAAACAGAUAGUGUAGUGAUUGCGAACCAUAAUAUAUCCUUUCUAUAUGUUAAGAAUUUUAUGAAGUUAAAUUUAGUAA